AUGCGAAGUUACUACUUCACUCUAAAUAGAUUUCAUCAGAUAAAAAACAUUACUAUAAAAUCAUACAAAUUAAGGAGCAUUUUUAUAGUUGAUAAAAACAAAUUGAAUAAUUUUUUUUUUUUUAUGAACAAAAUGGAAGGAGAAAAUGCAAAUAUGAACAAUAACUUUAUAGAUGAAGUAAGUGAUAAGAAGAAAGAAAAGAAGGCAAAAAAGCUAGCUGAAAAAGAAAUGAAAUUAGCAAAAAAAGCAGAAAGAGAAAAUUUAAAAAAUGAAGCGAACAAAAUUUUAGAAUACGUAUGUGAGGAUAUUAAUAAAGAUACCUAUGGGUACAUCAAUAUUUCAAGGAUUAAAGAAAAUAGUGACAACAUAAAAUUGUAUAAUUUAGAAGAGAUAUACAAUUUAUUAGAAAAGAAGGAUUGUAUUUACGAAAGUGAGAAGUUGGAGGAUGGUACAAAUAACAUAAAUGGUAACGGCAAUAGUGAUUAUAAUGAUAGUACGGAUAAUUGUGAUAAAUUGGGAAUGGACAUGACGGACAGACAGAUGAACAAGUUAGCAUAUGAUGAAUUAAUGGGAAAAAAAAUAUGGACAAGGGGAAGGAUUCAUGAUAUUAGGAGCAAGGGUUCAUUAGCAUUUAUUAUUUUGAGAUAUAAAUUUUACUCAUUACAAUGUAUACUAGAUAUUAAACAUAAUAAUAAUGAUAAGAAUAUGAUGAAAUGGGUUAGUAACUUAUCUUUAGAAUCUAUCGUAGACAUAUAUGGGAAAUUAAUUAAGCCAGAAGUACCUAUAGAUAGUACGAAUAUAAAAUAUGAAAUUCAUAUAAAUAAAAUUUUUUGUAUAAGUAGAACAACAAAAGAAAUACCUUUUUUAUUAAAAGAUGCUAAUAUGAAAGAAACAUCUGAAGAGGGUACGAUUAAAGUAAAUCAAGAUAACCGACUCAACAAUAGAUGUAUUGAUUUGCGUACAUAUGCAAAUUUUAGUAUUUUCGCACUUCAAUCACAAAUUUGUAAAAUUUUUAGAGAUUUUUUAUAUCAACAUAAUUUUAUAGAAAUACAUACUCCAAAAUUAUUAGGUGAAAGUAGUGAAGGUGGAGCUAAUGCAUUCCAGAUAAAUUAUUUUAAUCAAAAAGGCUUUUUAGCUCAAUCACCACAAUUAUAUAAACAGAUGUGUAUUAAUUCAGGAUUUGAUCGAGUGUUUGAAAUAGCCCCAGUUUUUAGAGCUGAAAAUAGUAACACAUACAGACACCUAUGUGAAUAUGUAUCUUUAGAUAUUGAAAUGACCUAUAAAUAUGAUUAUAUGGAAAAUGUUUAUUUCUAUGAUUCUUUAUUUAAACAUAUUUUUAAGCAUCUAUCCAAUUUAGAAAAAAAUAAAAUGUUUAUAAAAAUUAUAAAAAAUCAAUACCCAGGGGAAGAUUUUAAAUGGUUAGAAGUUACACCAAUUUUUACUUAUAUAGAGGCAAUAGAGAUAUUAAUAAAACAUAAUAAAUUAAAUCUAAAAGAAGAAGAAAUUUUAACCUAUGAUAUGACAACAGAUAUGGAAAAGGAGCUAGGAAAAAUUAUUAAGGUUUCUCAUAAUACGGACUAUUACAUUAUUGUUAAUUUUCCUUCAGCAUUAAGGCCUUUUUAUACCAUGUAUAAUGAAAGGGACCCCAAAAUUUCAAACUCUUAUGAUUUUUUUAUGAGGGGUGAGGAAAUAUUAUCAGGUUCUCAAAGAAUUAGUGAUGUUAAAUUAUUAAUAAAUAAUAUAAAUCUAUUCAAGUUAGAUAUCAACAAACUGAAUUUUUAUGUUGAUUCCUUUGCGUAUUCAUCUUACCCACACUCGGGUUGUGGUAUAGGACUAGAAAGAGUACUUAUGCUUUUCCUUGGUCUAAACAAUAUCAGAAAAACUUCUCUUUUUCCAAGGGACCCCAAGAGAUUAGUGCCGUAA